AUGCCUUUCGGAAUCGUCGACUGCAAAAAGCUGGAAGUCGUUCCUGGCACUUCGUUCAUGAGUGACCAGGAAGACCUUCCACCCGAGUAUUCAGCAGUACCUCGAGAGCUUCUCAAGCAUGGAACGGGGCGGUUCUCGCAUCUUAUCUUGAUUCCUCAACCAUCCGACUCUCCGAAUGAUCCUCUCAACUGGCCACAAUGGAAAAAGGACAUGAUUCUGAUCAUCGUUGGUCUCUCGGCGGCCGUCGUUGGUGCAUUCGGUCCCAUGCUUGGUCCUGGUUUUGUCGAAAUAUCCGCGCAACUCAACAUCACGGUCAAUGUUUUGUCUCAGUCCACGGCCUGGUUGAUCCUCACUAUUGGUCUUGGUCUGUUCAUCACGAACCCGCUGGCCAAGCUGUAUGGAAAGAGACCCAUCUACAUUCUUGCCAUCGUCAUCAUGUUCGCAUGCAGCGUCUGGGGAGCGGAGGCCACCAACUAUAGCUCGUUCCUGGCUAGCAGAAUUAUAUCGGGUAUUGGAAUGGCUCCGUAUGAGGUCCUUGUCCAAUGUACUAUCGGCGAUCUGUACUUUGUGCAUGAACGCGCCACCCGCAUUGCCGUCUGGAAUUUGUUCCUACUCACCGGUAUCGCUGGCGGAGGUCUCGUGUCUGGAUACAUUAUCCAAUACGAUGGCUACAAAUGGACGUUCGGAGUCUGCGCCAUCUUCUUUGGCGUCUUGAUGCUUGCCGUGCUGUUCUUGGUUCCAGAAACCUCCUAUCGCCGCGAUGCGGUCGUGGUUGUCCCCAUUCAAGACACAGUGGUCGGUGACGCAGAGAAAGCGGGAACACAACACGUUCACAUGGGGUUGGCUCAUGAGCACGACACAUCUCAAGCACAUGGCGAGAAAGACAAGCACCUCUCGUACUCUGUCACACGCGGGUCAGCCGAGGAGAAGCACACGUACAUGCAAUCACUGCGCAUCUUCACCGGCCGCUACAGUUAUGCCCCGAUGUUCAAGAUCUUUACUCGUCCUGUGAUAUUGUUCUUCUAUCCCGCAGUCUUCUGGGGAUUCUUGGUGUACGGAACCACCUUGACCUGGAUUGUCGUCUUCAGUGUCGUUAAUGGUGUCAUCUUUGUCGCUCCUCCCUACAACUUCACGGUUUCGCAGGUCGGAUUGAUCAGCUUGUCGCCGUUCAUCCUGACCUUGCUGGGAGAAGUCAUCUCUGGACCAUUGAAUGAUUGGAUCUGCGUCUACUUGACCAAGAGGAACAAGGGUAUUUACGAGCCAGAGUUCCGUCUCGUGCUCAUGACUGUGGUUGCAGUUUUGGGCACGGUCGGGUUCUUUGGCUUUGGAGCAACUGUCCACUACCAGACUCACUGGUCCGGUCCUGUCUUGACGUUCGGCCUGGCGAACAUGAGUCUUGCUUUUGCAUCGACCUGCGUGUUCGGCUAUGUGAUCGACUCAUACCCGAAGUUGAACGAGGAGGCUUUCGUGGCCAUCAAUGCGCGAAACCUGUUGACGUUUGGACUCACUUAUUUCGUCAACAGCUGGUUGGCGCAAUCUGGCGCAUUGAAGGUGUUCUGCGUCCUGGGAGCCUUGUUUCUAUUCGUGUGCUUCUUGACAGUCCCAUUAUGGAUUUUCGGCAAGAGGGUUCGAUCGUGGAUUGGACGGAAUGCGUGGCUGCAGGCGUACAUGAACGACGACUUCUAA